AAUUUUUUAUACAGCCUUUGUUGCUCUCAGUUUCUUCUCUGCUGUCAGAAUGGCGUAUGGACUAACCGUUCUAGGUCCAAGAGCCACAUGCGCACCAAACCUUUCUUCUCUGCUUGUUGCAAAGGAUGUUUGAAAGUGUAUUCCUAACAAACUUCUGAACUCCGAGAUAAAGUACUUUUUACGAAUAAUUUGUUUCUCCCGACUGUCUCGCGCGCAAGAAAUUUCCUAUAGGACUUUACACUUUGAAUGAUAUACAUUUGAUAAUCUUUAAAGAAUAACUUUAAACAAGUUUGACAUGUGUCAAAUUCGCGUUUUUUUAAGAAGUUAGCCGAAACUUCAAACUCAAGAGAUGUCAAUAAGGCUAAGUUCUCCAUAGUGAAACAGAAUUAAUUCGUAAUUACAUAAGAAAACUUAAUGUGAAACCUGAUAAUAGUAAGACACCUUUGAGAAAAAUGCGACGCGCAACAGGAAUAGGUGCGAUACAUAAGCAAAAAUUGGAACAGGAAAAGUAUCGGGACAAAGGCACAGAAAUUCAGGAGAACCAGCUUGAGCAGAUGACAAAACACAUGGAAACACUUCGCGUGAAUCUGGAGGAAUUUGCGUCGAAGCACAAGAGCGAAAUCAAGAAAAACGCUCGUUUCCGCCGUCAGUUCACAGAAAUGUGUGCCUCAAUAGGUGUGGAUCCUCUUGCAUCCGGUAAAGGAUUCUGGUCGGUACUGGGCAUUGGUGACUUUUAUUACGAGCUUGCCGUUCAGAUUGUCGAGGUCUGUAUGGCAACCAAUCACAAGAAUGGUGGACUGAUAUCACUGGAUGAAUUAAGGACUCGUCUAAUUCAGGCUCGAGGGCGUAGAAAGGAGCAUCAAGAGAUCACCAAUGAGGAUCUCUUAGCUGCUGCCAAGAAACUGAAGAUUUUUGGCAAUGGCUUCUCUGUAGUUCCUAUUGGUAGAGGAAGAUAUUUGGUACAGUCAGUACCUGGUGAACUCAGCAUGGAUCAUACAGCAGUACUGCGUCAAGCGAGUUUGUCUACAAAUGCUUAUAUAUCUAAAUCUAUUUUAUGUAAGGAGUUGAAAUGGGAAGAAGACAGAGCACAAAAAGCUUUGAAUUAUAUGAUGAAGGAAGGACUUGCUUGGCUAGAUGAACAAGGGGAAAAUGAAAUAUUAUAUUGGUUUCCCAGUUUAUUUACAGCUUGUAUUGUCUCCAAAGAAUGAAUGUUGUUGUUAUU